UGGGAUUAUCAUAUGAUCAAUGAAUUCUACAAUCUAUUGAACGAUUGAAUUCCAUUUUCGUCUCCUGAACUCACAAUCUUUUGAUUGUAGUAGUAAAUUAGAUUUUGGGCUUUUAUUCUGAUUCUAUUAAAGGCUUAUAAAAAUGAAAGGGUGCAUUUUUAAUAUUGAUGCUGGGUACUUAGAGGGAUUGUGCCGUGGCUUUAAGUGUGGUAUCCUGAAACAGUCUGAUUACUUGAAUUUAGUACAAUGCGAAACUUUAGAAGAUUUGAAGCUUCAUUUACAAGGAACAGAUUAUGGUACAUUUUUAGCAAAUGAACCCAGCCCCCUGGCUGUGUCAACUAUUGAUGAUAAGCUGCGUGAAAAGUUGGUUAUCGAGUUUCAACAUAUUAGAAAUCACUCUGUAGAACCAAUGUCUACGUUCUUGGAUUUCAUCACCUACAGCUACAUGAUUGAUAACAUCAUUCUAUUGAUUACUGGAACCCUUCACCAGAGACCCAUUUCAGAACUUAUCCCCAAGUGCCACCCUCUUGGCUCAUUUGAACAGAUGGAAGCCAUACAUGUGGCAGCUACUCCUGCUGAGCUCUACAAUGCUGUGCUAGUUGAUACACCACUGGCACCAUUCUUUGUUGAUUGCAUCAGUGAACAAGAUCUAGAUGAAAUGAACAUUGAGAUCAUUCGUAACACUCUGUAUAAGGCUUAUUUAGAAGCAUUCUACGAGUUCUGUAAACAGAUUGGGGGAACAACCGCUGAUGUUAUGUGUGAAAUUUUGGCUUUUGAAGCUGACCGUCGUGCCAUCAUUAUUACCAUCAACUCUUUUGGCACUGAGCUCUCAAAGGAUGAUCGUGCUAAAUUGUACCCUCGCUGUGGCAAAUUGAAUCCUGAUGGAUUGGCUGCGCUUGCACGUGCUGAUGAUUAUGAACAGGUGAAGGCAGUGGCAGAAUACUAUGCUGAAUAUUCUGCAUUAUUUGAAGGUGCUGGAAACAAUGUUGGUGACAAGACCCUCGAAGACAAGUUCUUUGAACAUGAGGUGACUUUGAAUGUUAAUGCAUUUUUACAACAGUUUCAUUUUGGAGUAUUCUAUUCUUAUCUCAAACUGAAGGAACAGGAGUGUCGCAACAUUGUAUGGAUCAGUGAAUGUGUUGCUCAGAAACACAGAGCCAAGAUUGACAACUACAUUCCCAUAUUCUAAAAGAAUUCCAAUUUGAACAAUGUUCAUUAUUGCAGUGUAAAUAAUUUAUAUCUUA